AUGUUUCCAGCUGGAGUUAUUGCCGUUUUGGUUAUUGUUGGUGUUAUUGCCAUUUCAAUGUUCAGUUACUUCGCGCAGAAGAAGAUUAAGGCUAAGAAAGCUAGAAAUGCUGGCCGUAAUUUGGAUUCCAUAAUUUUAUGUAUGAAGUAUGGUAGUUCAUUGGAUACGCAACAACCACAACAAAAACAGCAAAGACAACAAAAACAAAAACAACAACAACAACAACAUCACCAACAGCAUCAUCAAUACUAUAACUAUUCAAUGUCGGAAUUACCUAAACAAGAAGAAGGUCCUAACGUGACAGACGCCAAGUCUAAUGUUUCUACUGAAGGAAACAACAUUACAAGUAGUGUUAAUGCUGCCACGUCGAACGAUGAGGCAUCUACCGGUGUCCCAGGUUCAGGUAUAGCAGGCAGCUCGGUCAUUACAGGUGGUUCGGCUGCUUCUGGCAAUGGAAAUGCUACUAGUACAGAAGGAGAAGGAGACGAUAGUAAGCCAGCCAAUAAAAGAGAAAGGAGAAAGAUCGAAAUCAAGUUCAUCCAGGAGAAAUCAAGACGUCAUAUUACUUUUUCCAAGAGAAAGGCUGGUAUAAUGAAGAAGGCUUAUGAGUUAUCCGUGUUGACGGGUACUCAGGUGCUUCUUUUAGUUGUGAGUGAGACUGGCUUGGUCUAUACUUUUACCACACCCAAGCUUCAACCUUUGGUGACUCGUCCUGAGGGAAAGAACCUAAUUCAGGCUUGUUUGAAUGCUCCUGAGGAGGCUAGUGCCGAGGAAGAGGAGCAAGUUCAGGCACAAGCUCAAGCUCAGGCACAAGCUCAAGCUCAGGCACAGGCUCAGGCACAAGCACAGGCCCAAGCUCAAGCACAGGCCCAACAGCAGGCUCAGCAGCAGGCUCAGGUCCAACAAGGUCCUCCCCAGGCUCAACAGGGUCAACAACAAAACCAGAUUCUAGGCCAACAAGCCCCAGGUCCUCACUCACAAUCUCAACUUCCUCCUCCACCUCAUCAAGGUCAAUAUGGUGUGCCUCCUCAGAUGGCUGGCGGUUAUUUGAAUCCCGGAGACCAAAAUAGCUAUUAUAUGGGAUUUAAUGGUAAUCAGGGCUACAAUUGA